UCACUGCCUCAUACAUUUAGCUUUAGCCAAAAUUAGCUACGUUAGUUGUGAAAAUCUAUCACAGAUAUUCCUCUUUCAGCUGUCGUUUAUAUUCACGAGUUACAGACCGGACAAAGACUAAGUAAAUAAGCUCCCGGGGCUUUAGUUUCCACCAUGUUUAUUAAAGCUUUAUUCCAGUGCAGAGACAUGCUUAAAGGAGAACUAGCGUCAUUUGUGUGAAGUGCUGCUAGCUUAAUAAAUGCUAGGUUAGCUAACUAGCAACGGGUAGAGAGGCGAAACUGCGGAGCUUUUCGACACUAUUCUCUGGUCUUAAAUUAAAAUACGUGCUCCUGGAGGCAUAAAGACAAGUGCUGAUAGAGUUUACGAGAAAAAGAGAAUAGGUCUCUGGAGACAGAGCAAUGGGGGCAUUCCUGGACAAGCCCAAGACACAGAAGCACAACUCUCAUGGGGAGGGCAAUGGCCUACGCUACGGGCUCAGCUCCAUGCAGGGCUGGAGGGUGGAGAUGGAGGAUGCUCACACAGCUGUUCUGGGACUUCCUGCUCCUAGUAUGAAGGACUGGUCUUUCUUUGCUGUUUAUGACGGCCACGCUGGCUCCAAAGUUGCCAACUACUGUUCCAAACAUCUCCUGGAGCACAUCAUCGGUGCCAGCUUCGGGCAGCAGAGUGAUGGCACUAGCAGUGACCCCACAGCAGUGGUGCCACCCUCAGUGGAGGCUGUGAAGGCUGGGAUCAGGACUGGCUUCUUGAAGAUUGAUGAACAUAUGAGGAGUUUUUCUGAUCUGAGAAAUGGUAUGGACCGUAGUGGCUCCACAGCUGUGGGCAUCCUCGUCUCACCAGAUCAUUUCUUCUUUUUAAAUUGUGGAGAUUCACGGGCUGUUCUUUAUCGCAACUCUAAUGUGUGCUUUUCAACGCUCGACCACAAGCCCGGCAACCCUCGAGAGAAGGAGCGCAUCCAGAACGCAGGCGGCACAGUUAUGAUCCAGAGGGUGAACGGGUCCCUAGCAGUGUCCAGAGCUUUGGGGGACUAUGACUAUAAGAAUGUGGAUGGUAAGGGCCCCACGGAGCAGCUGGUCAGCCCUGAACCAGAAGUAUUUGAAAUGGUGCGUGCCCCAGAACAGGACCAGUUUGUGAUCUUGGCAUGCGACGGCAUCUGGGACGUCAUGUCCAACGAAGACCUCUGUGUUUUUGUCAAAUCCAGACUUGAGGUGACCAAUGAUCUGGAGCGAGUGUGUAAUGAAGUGGUGGAUACUUGUCUGCACAUGGGAAGUCGCGAUAAUAUGAGUGUGGUGUUGGUGUGUUUGCCAAAUGCCCCUAAAGCCUCAGAAGAAGCCGUGAGGAAAGAUGCAGAACUCAACAAGUAUCUGGAGUCUCAAGUUGAAGGGAUGAUGUCCCAGCCGGGCGAGGAUGGCUAUCCUGACUUGGCAACAGUGAUGAGGAACCUCUCUGCAGACAACAACAUGCCCCCUCUGCCUCCAGGAGGAGGCCUGGCCAGCAAGCAUGGUGUUAUUGAAGCAGUGUACAACAGUAUGAACCCAUACAGGGAGGAGGACGGGAUGGGAGCUGAUAUGGACUACCAGUGGUAGCUGUCCAGCACAACCGCCCAAUUUUACCAAAAAAUAGGACCACUUUUCAAUUCAAGAUCACAUCCGUCAGCUCCAGGUUUUUCAACUAUACACGGUGACGUCUAAGGAGUUUACAAUGAUUUUAAAUGGUGUGGUAAAAAUAUAAAAAUAUAUUGUCUUUGAUAGUAAAGCUACAAUAACAUCAGAUGUGAAGCACAAUUUGAGCUGUUAGCAGCCCUGCUCCGCACACAUGCGUAUCCUAAGGUGCCUUGUUCAAAAGAAGGGAGCACAUUUAAACUCAUUUGUAAAGCUCACAAUGAACCAGAGCGUCACCGCUAAAUACUGAAGACACUGAACUGUUGACUCGCACAUGGCCGACAUGACAACUUCAACUCUGCUAGAUCUGAUCAACUCUGCUCUGAUCCAUUCCAAUCCAGUUAUUGGUACAUGAGGCGGUAAUCUCAGCCGCCUUUCUGAGUAAAACCAUUUUAAAGCUUCCAAUAAUCUAAAUACUUUAGACUAAUACUGACUCAAUAUCUUGGCCCCGUUUCACAAAGGAGGUUCAAUAAACCCUGGGUUUAAGAGUUAACUCGGGGUUAAUCUCCGCUGAGACAGACAACUCUGAGUUUUCUGUUUUAUGAAGCAGGUUUGGAGCAGAGUUAGAACAUCAGAGAUGGUAAACCCCGGGUUUGGACACAAGACUUUAUCAAAAGAUCCCAGAAAAGAGCAUUCACCAUGGCAACGGUCAAACGGAGGAGGACGACGUCAUGUGACUGAGGUUCAUAGAGUGCGUUGCCACGGUGACUGACUCAGGGUUUAGGUUAAUUCUGUGAAACAGAACUGAGUUGAACUCUUUUCUGUGUUAACUCUGAGUUUAGACUAAACUUGCUUCUUGAAACAAGCCUCUUGUUAAGAUAGAACGUCACUGUUCCACUGCACGUUCAGCUCUCAAGAACCUUACAGUCGCCCUUUUUCUUCUAAGUGCUAUUUCCAUUUGCAUCAGCUUGUCAGAAUCAUAAGCUUUUGAAGCUGCUGAUAUUGUAGACAAAUAGAAAGAUAUAUAUAUAUAUAUUAAAAUUCAUAUAUAUAUAUAGUUAUAUAUUUUGAGUUUUAACUCCCUUAUAGUAUUCAUGAUUCUAAUGUGUGUGUGCUGUGGUUUUGCACAACGUUGUGGUUUUAUGUGUUUGAAAUGAAAGAACUGACAAAAUGCUCCUGUCACACAGAGGUGUGUUCCAAAGAGUUCCCGCCCCUUCACACACACACACACACACACACACACACAUAUAAACACAUAUAUACACACACACACACACACAAUCCUCUCAAUGACUACAUGCCUUUAGCCCUGAGAUGUGUUCUAGGUGUGUAAUGGCUUUUCAUUUAUCAAAAGUGAGUGUCAUAGAGAAGCCUGAUUAACCCUAGCUAUAAGCUUUGCCUUAAAAACACACUGGUCUAACCAUUAAGUGCAUAGUAUGUGUAUUAAGUCAGUUUUAUGUACACCAGUCUAACCUUUAUUAAUCUGAGUCUUUAGUAGAAACCCUAUGGGCCGUCGCAUUGACUGAACUUGGUGUAUUCGAUCACUGGCUGGUUUUGUGGUACACUCUUCAUAGUGCCAUAAGAAACAGGUACUUGAAUUUGUAGUUAUUUUGCUUUGCAAUAUUUUCUGGGGGUGCUUUUUUGUGUCUGGGAUGGGGCGAGUAUUUGUAAAUGUGCAUGUUUUGAGAAUGGAUUGUGAUGGAAUACAGAACUUUUGUGUGGCCAAAACUACGAGAAGUAAAAAUGCUUUACCAAACGAUAUUACUCAAACUGUUUGCUGAUCUCAAAUACUCCUUUUUAAAAUGUUUAAUUUGAAAAGACUGUCUCACAAACAACUUUGAGAAUAUUUUUAAUCAAAUGCACUGAGCUUGGACUAGGAUUUUCUUAAGCUUUACCAAACACUGGGUGAAGGACAGAGAGCGUGUUAAGAAACAACACUUUUAAAUCUUGAAAUUCACUUUUAUUUACACUGCAUGGACUGAAUAUAAACAGCACUACUUUCCCAGUCAUUAAAUGGCUUCAAAACGCUCUUGGACCCCUUUGUUUCAGAAAAUACUGUGUUUGAUUAUUGUUCUGAUGGAAUUAAACUUUGACUCAAAAA